CGCUCACACGCGAACGAAAGAAAGUGAAAUUCAUAAACGAAAAUGACAGUGGUUCUACUAACCGUUUGUUUACUUCACCUUGCCUCCGCGAAUACCAACGAAGAUAAGUAUGAAAAAUUCAAAACUUUUCAGUUGGAUGUUCCCGGUAAAGAACCAAUAACAAUUAUCGAAAACACGCCGGAAAAAGAAAAUGUGCGACAGUGGGAUGUCACUGAAACUACAUUAGAUAGUGACUCCGACAUUAAAAAUCUUAUGACGGAUAUAAUUCAGGACGUGAAAAGUAGCCGACCGCGCUGUUUUGGACCUUCUUGCCAAGAAGGGUUCAUUGAGAAUGAAGGUCCACAAGAAUAUUUUGAAGAUUAUGCGUUAGAAAAUGUGGACAAACUAAAAGAUUUUAAAGAUUUUCCUAACGAACGUCUACAAGCAAUUGCGGCAUUGGCAGCGAAAUUAAAGAGGAAUAAGAUAAAAUCAGACCGAUUUUCUACUUCAACGAGUCAAGAUGACGAAGAUGAUGACCAAGUUUUCACAUCGUGGAAUCGUCUGAAAGUAAAGCAGCAUAAACAUCCUUAUGACGACAAGGAUGGUUGGGUAACAUUAGAGCCUGUAGCUUGGUCUACAAGCAAAAUUUCCAAAUGGAAACCUAAUGUUAAAAAGCAAAAGCCUAGUUACUGGAAUGAUGAAGAGGACACAAACUAUUCUAAUGAUGACCGAUAUACUUCAUACCAAGAUAUGGAUAAUGGCUACGUGUAUCCUCAAAAGAGACCCACGUUAUCUCGCCCUGGAUUUAUAAAUAAUAAGCUACACAUUCCUCAAGAGUAUGAACAAGAAUUGCCUUCGAAGCCCACUUGGACUAAAAACAAACCUAAACCUCAACAACAAUCAGUGCACAGCUAUCAGUCUUCCUGGUCAUCUGAUGACAGCCGGCGCCCAUAUAAGCCAGUGUCGAAUUGUGACAAAAACGACCCAUAUGCAAAUGACGAUGCAGUGUAUUAUGGCAUGUCUGAUUCUAUAGUAACAGAUCCUCGCCCAUCUAAUUUCCCAUAUGAAUAUGAAGCAUUACAUCAAUCCUCGAUGCAAAAGCGGCCAGUAAGAAGACCAACGCAAGUUGUUUACUCCGAUGUGGAGGAUGAUCGUUCGUCCAGACCUUCGUAUGACGAUGGACAUUGGGUUUUACUUUCUACAACAAAAGGAUACAGAAACAAGAAACGUCAAAGAUCUCUUGAGCCCUCUGAAGAAAAUGUAGCAGUACCAUCCAUAACAUCACACCAGUCAGUUUCCUUAACAGUUUUGCCUACUGAUGAUCGUUCUGGUACAAAUAUGACAACAUCACAUGGAGGUUUGUUGGAGGUUGAGAAAAGUUUUCAGACUGUUGAAGAAUCUAAACGUGAUAUGGACAUGAAGAAUGAUUUGGAAGUUGCAGCGAGCCAGCAUAGACCUGUUAGAAAUAAAGUGAUACGUAAGAAAGUUGUUGGUAAUAAAAAUGCACUUGAUAGUUCUACAGUAAUAGCGGCGGUUGGAGCAGGCAUGGUCCCUGCUACGAUGGCUAUGGUAGUACCAAUGAUGUUAGGGAGACGUCGACGAAGGGAUCUUCAGUAUGAACCACGAAUUUUGCAUUUAGAGGAAUACCUUCAAAGAAAUUAAUCCCUCCCUUUAGCAUAAGUAGCUAUUUAUUAUUUAGAGGUAUAUGUGAUUGAGAAGUGUGAAAAAUGAAUGUCUGUGAUCAAUGUAGUGUAAUUUGUGUUGCAUUAAUGACAAAAGUAAAUUAUUUUAAUUAAGUAAAUAUUUAGCUUUAAGAUAAUGUUUAGUUACAAUUUUAUUAUACUUAUAAUACUCAUAAGAUGAUUUUCUAAGUUUAA